GAUGUUAGAUGGCGCUAUGGCCUUUCUGCUAACUUUAUUGCAUUGCCGUAAAAAGUAGGACGGAAAAGUAAGGUUAAAUCCACGCGGUGCGUGCAAGUCGAUCAGCAUGUCAAAGGCCGAUAAAGAAUUCGAUGUUACCAAGAAGCUUUCGAACAUGGAAAUCGAGGAAACGGGUAAAAAAUUAACGCAUAAAGAAAAAAAGAAAUUAAAAAAACAACAAGAAUAUGAAAAAACAAUGGAAAUGUUAACGAAGCCUGGUGGCCAGGGUCAUAGUGAACUAGAAUCAAAUUUUACGGUUUCACAAAGUCAAACGCAACAACGUGGUAAUCAGCAAUUAGAAAAUGCAGUAGAUAUAAAAGUUGAGAAUUUUAGUAUUGCUGCAAAAGGAAAAGAAUUAUUUACCAAUGCCAGUUUGUUAAUAGCUCAAGGUAGACGAUAUGGCUUAGUAGGACCAAAUGGACAUGGAAAGACUACUUUGCUUCGGCAUAUUGCAAAAAGAGCCUUUUCUAUUCCUCCUAAUAUAGAUGUAUUAUAUUGUGAACAAGAAGUUAUAGCUGAUGAUACUCCAGCAGUAGAAGUUGUAUUGAAUGCAGAUAUAAAAUGUAAAGAAUUACAAAUGGAAUGUAAAAAACUAGAAGAAUUAAUUGAACAAGGAGAUAAUACAGUUCAAGAACGGUUGCAAGAGGUAUAUGAAGAAUUAAAAGCCAUUGGUGCUGAUUCUGCAGAACCACGUGCUAGAAGAAUUUUAGCUGGUUUAGGUUUUAGUCGUGCUAUGCAGGACCGUGCCACCAAAAAUUUUUCUGGUGGAUGGCGUAUGCGAGUUUCUUUAGCAAGAGCAUUGUUUGUAGAACCUACUUUGUUAUUACUUGAUGAACCAACAAAUCAUUUAGAUUUGAAUGCUGUUAUUUGGUUAGAUAAUUAUCUACAAGCAUGGAAGAAAACAUUACUUAUUGUAUCGCAUGAUCAAAGCUUUUUAGACAAUGUGUGUACAGAUAUAAUUCAUUUAGAUCAACAAAAAUUAUAUUAUUAUAAGGGAAAUUAUAGUAUGUUCAAAAAGAUGUAUGAACAAAAGAGAAAAGAAAUGAUUAAAGCUUAUGAAAAACAAGAAAAACGCCUUAAAGAUCUUAAAGCUUCUGGUCAAAGUAAGAAACAAGCCGAGAAAAAACAAAAAGAAGUGCUUACUCGAAAACAGGAAAAGAAUAGAACAAAAAUGCAAAAGCAAGAGGAAGAUACUGGCCCACAAGAAUUAUUGCAGAGGCCCAGAGAAUAUAUUGUUAAAUUUAGUUUUCCUGAUCCACCUCCGUUACAGCCACCAAUUCUUGGUCUUCACAAUGUAACAUUUGCAUAUGAAGGACAAAAGUCAUUAUUUAUUGACGUUGAUUUUGGUAUAGAUCUAAGUUCUAGAAUAGCUAUAGUAGGUCCAAAUGGUGUUGGUAAAUCUACAUUUUUAAAAUUAUUAAUUGGAGAAUUGUCUCCGCAUAAAGGAGAGCUUAUAAGAAAUCAUCGAUUGAGAAUAGGUAGAUUUGAUCAACAUUCUGGAGAACAUCUUACGGCUGAGGAAACUCCAUCAGAAUAUCUUAUGCGUUUAUUUGAUUUACCAUAUGAAAAGGCUAGGAAACAACUUGGUACAUUUGGACUUAGUUCUCACGCACAUACAAUUAAGAUGAAAGAUUUAUCAGGUGGACAAAAAGCACGUGUAGCACUUGCAGAAUUGUGUCUCAAUGCACCUGAUGUUGUCAUUCUUGAUGAACCUACAAAUAAUUUGGAUAUAGAAUCCAUUGAUGCACUUGCCGAUGCAAUAAAUGAAUACAAAGGAGGUGUUAUCAUCGUAUCACACGAUGAACGUCUUAUCAGAGAUACUGAAUGUUGCUUGUAUGUAAUAGAAAAUCAACAAAUUAAUGAAAUUGACGGAGACUUUGAUGAUUAUAGGAAGGAAUUGCUUGAAAGUUUAGGAGAAGUUGUAAACAAUCCAAGUAUAGCUGCAAAUGCUGCUGUUUUACAUACUCUAGAGAAUAAAAUAUUAAAUUUGCAAGAGCGCCUUCGAGCGGAAAAUGAAUCGAGAGAUAGGGAUAGGCAAAGCAGCGAGGUUGGCUCAGGAACGGGCCUGCAACCGUCAUCGUCGGGUUCUACUUCAAGUCCUGCCGUACGCAGGCCAAAGCAACUUGGCGAAAUGGGUACCCCUACCCGAUUAAGAAGGCAGCUGGAUCUGCCAGUAUCACAAAUGGUACCUCCAAAGAAGCACGACAGUGAAUUUGAAUCUAAGUUGCAAGAAAUAAUGAAAAUGAAUGGUAUUCUAAAUAUAAAUGGUCAAAGAUAUCAAACAGAAAUGAAAGACUUAGAACAUCUAGGAGAGCUAGGUAAUGGUACUUGUGGACAUGUUGUAAAGAUGAGGCAUAAACCCAGUGGAGUAGUUAUUGCAGUAAAACAAAUGAGACGUUCUGGAAAUGCAGAAGAAAAUAAAAGAAUUAUAAUGGAUUUAGAUGUUGUAUUAAAGUCACAUGAUUGUCCAUAUAUUGUACAAUGUUUGGGUUGUUUUAUUACUGAAUCUGAUGUUUGGAUUUGUAUGGAAUUAAUGGCAACGUGUUUGGACAAAUUAUUGAAAAGAAGUAGGCAAGCCAUACCAGAGGAUUUCUUAGGAAAAGUUACAGUAGCUACAGUGAAAGCCCUUUCGUACCUGAAGGAAAAGCAUGGUGUAAUUCACAGAGAUGUAAAACCUAGUAAUAUUCUUCUUGAUGAAUCAGGAGGAGUAAAAUUAUGUGAUUUUGGAAUAUCUGGUCGAUUAGUUGAUAGUAAAGCAAAAACUAGGAGUGCAGGAUGUGCUGCUUAUAUGGCUCCUGAAAGAAUAGAUCCUCCAGACCCAACAAAGCCAGAUUAUGAUAUACGAGCUGAUGUAUGGAGUUUGGGUAUUACCUUAGUUGAACUAGCGACUGGUGUAUUUCCCUAUCGAGAUUGCAAGACUGAUUUUGAGGUAUUGAGCAGAGUGGUACAGGAUGAUCCUCCGUCCCUCCCUUCAGAUGCACCUUUUUCUAAGGAGUUUCGAGGUUUUGUCAGUUGCUGCCUUACAAAAAACUAUAAACAUCGACCCAAAUAUCAUAAACUUAUGGAACAUCCUUUCAUACGCAAGUAUGAUGUUUCGCAAGAUGAAGAUACAAAUUCUUCUUUAUCUAAUGCUGGCUGUCAAUGGUUUGGUAGAGUUAUGCGACAAUUGGAACCAAGGUUGCCAGAGGGACAGCAGCGAGUUACUGGUCAUGUGUCCCUAAAACAAACUGCUCAUUUGAGGGUACAGUCUGAAAUACCAUCUUUCUUAAAAAGUAAUACCACCAAAGAGACACAGAAUUCCAAUUUUCUACCAUUUCAUCAAAGAUCUAGUAGCGAAAAUGGUGCGACUUAUGUAUCCUGUAGUCCAUAUGUGCUCAGACGAAAAGAAAUUUCCAGGCCGUUUUCCCCGCCGAUGAACAACGAAGUUCAACAAAGCGAAUUGAACUAUCAACGAUCUUUUUCACCUUACAGACAAUCGAUUGAACAAAAUAAAGAUUAUGUCAUGAAUCGUUGUUCCAAUGGUCAAGGUAAAUCAGAAGGAAGAUCGUUUUCACCAUAUAGACAAGACUUGAAUAUAACAGACUCAGGAAAUAGACCAUAUUCUCCUUACCACGGACGUUUCGAAGAACGAGAUAGCAACAAGGAUCGAUGGCAAAAUAUUUCACGAUCUUUGAGCCCUUUCGCACGAGAUUAUUCUCCUUGGCGGCGUGAGAAUGUUGAUCCUCCAGGUGUAAUACAACCACCUUGUGAAAGUGGUCGAUAUUCUCCAUUUUUACAGCAAAGACUCGGUCAGAUUCCAACUGCACCCCAAACGCAUCCACAAAGUCAAGAUAUAUAUGGAAGUCCUAUGAUCAGUCGUAAGAGGUUUCCUUCGGAACCACCUCCUCAAGGCUCUCAUGGUUCCACCAGUCCUCAAUUAUUAAUAUCACGUUUCGCACACCAAUUAACACAAGAGCCACCCCCGAUAAUGCCACCUACUCAGGGUGGAUCGAAGGAAUCUGCAAAGAAACGUUUUGCGUCGUACGUUCGUCUUAGGCUCGGGAGUGAUCGUGCUCCUUCACCGGAGCCACCGCCGAGAUUGAGUCGCGGCGAAUCUCCUCUUGCUUUAAGAAGGAAUUUAGAUCAACAAUCUCCUUCUUUCUCUAGAAGGUACAUCUCGCCUUCUCCACCCCAACCUCCGCCUAGGAGAUUGUCAGAAAGCAAUUCAGUACCUGGGAGCCCUCAGCACGAUCGUUUUAAAAAUAAAUUUCUCGCUUGGAUCAGCGCGUCCCUGAGCAAUCAAUAUGGCCUCCAGUUCUACGCGGGGCCCGACAGUGCAGAGCAGGUUUUUCUCGAAAUACCAUCGAUAGGAGCGAGUCGCCUUGAAAAUAAAUUAGCCAAGACGCUGACCGAUUUGUCUAACUUGGACGCUUUGUGCUUCGAUCUUACCGAACCUCGUGCCUUCGUAUCUCCGCGGCAUUUCUUAUACGGCGCCAUGUCCGAGUGUAAAAGUCAGGAUGCCGCUACUACGAAAGAGGGUUGCCAAGAAGAGAGCGAAGACUCGGACAUGGCUAAUGAAGUCGAAGAUAAGGUCAGUAUCCAGCAGAUUCUCGAGGGUAUGACCAACGAAUUUAACAAAAGUGUAAGUCCAGUCAAAAGCGUAGAUGCUAAUCGACCAUUGGAAAAUCCGGAUCACGAGGAACCCCAGAAACCGUCCGUGACGAUCGACAAUGAGAUAUCGAACGGUGUUAACGGAAAUUCUAACGUGGACAAUUCUGAGGAUGAUACGACAACUUCAACGAUGGCUUCAACGAUUUCGACGACUUCGACGACGAUGAUGACGACGACGACGACGACGACGACGACGGUAACGACGGCGACGACGACGACGAUGGCUAUGGUGACGAUGACGACGACGACGACGACAACGUCGACAACAACGACAACGAUGACGGCGACAACAGCGGUAGCGUCAGCAACGAUGACUCCAACAAUAACACAACAAGAAAAUAACGUGGAAUCGAUAAUAGAAGAAAAUCAUCGAGGAGAAGAUGAAGGUCCUCUGAAACAGGAUGUAGUUAAGAAGGAUAGUAACAUACCACGAAUAGUUUUAACAUUUAGAACAAUUGACGAGAAUACAGAUCAUGGAAAGAAAACAAAAAUAUCCAGCUGUUCCUCUAAUCUUACUUUAGUACCCGAUGAGCUGGCCAAUUGUGAUCAAAUCGGUGGUGUUUCUGUUAAGAUAGAAAAUCCAGAUGAAAGUUCUGAUAUCGUAGAGAAGUCUGAUUCUGAGGAAUGUAAAAUUGAAGAACCAACGAAAGAUAAUCAUCAGGAGAAAGAUAAAGAAGAAGAGAAGGAAGUUAAAGAGCAAGAAAAAAGCAAAAAUAUGGAACCUGUUGACGAUGAAAAGAACAACAAAGAGAAGGAUAGUAAUCAAGAGACUGCUGUUCCUUUAGCCAAAGCUGCUGAACCGCCAGAACCUACACCACCAAUAACCAGAAAGAGAAGAGUUGGACGACCUAGAUUAAGAACACUUAGUGACUCGACAGAAGAAACUCCAGGUCCCAAACGUUCUGCGAGAAGAUUGUGCAAAAAAUCCUUUAAAAGUACAGUUUUAGAAAGUGCAAUGGCAAUAAAAGAAAAGUCUAAUUAUACUGAGGAACACUUAAAAUUUAAAAAGCAGAGAAAAUACAGUAAACCUGGACGACCAAAAAAGCUACCUCAUGGAAAGGAACAAACAAAGCAAACUCAGAGCAAAGCAUCUGAUGCUCGUCAAGAGUCAGAAGCUUCUCUUCCUGAUAUAGAUAAUAAUGCUUCUGAGGUAAAUAUGAGUUUAGAGAGUUCUAGAAAUUCUAUUACAGUAGAAGGAAGUACAAAUGAUACGACUUUGGAUGAAUCUCAAAGCUACUCAUCUGAAUUUGAUGGUAUGCCUAAACUGUCUCCAAUGACGAGAAGUUCAGAUGUACAAACUAAAUUAGGUAGUUCUAUUGGUAGUCCUUUGAGUGAUGAAACACCUUUAGCAGAUAUAGAGAAACCUUUUUUAAAGCCUGCUACUGCUGGUAGACCUAAAAGAGAGAGAGGUCGUCCUCGUGGAAGUCAAGCUGCUCGAAAGAUAGCUAAAGCGGAUUCGUUUGAAGAUGGUUCACCAUCCAUUGCAGAAGUAGGAAAACACAAUGAUUACCCAGAAGAAGGUACUGUACCUGCAAAAAGAACCCGUAGAAGUAUGGCUCCUAGUCCAAGUCCUGCAGAAGGACAAGCUUCAAAACCAGAAUCAACUGCUGUUGUUAGUGAAACCUAUGGACAAUCUAUGCUAUGUUUAUGUCAAGUACGAUCUCAACUUUAUGUGACAAUAACUGGCUCUGGUGCACCUCUUUAUUGUACAGCAAUAGAUUCUAUUGAUAAUAGAUUAGUAGGAUGUUGUAAUGAAGUUGAUAGUAAUGAUGUUGCAAUGAGAAGACCUAGUACUCGAGUUCCUUUUAUUAUAUUAUGUCGUAUGCAUAAGGAGAGACUUUUAAGACAUAAUUGUUGUCCUUCCUGUGGACUAUUUUGUUCACAAGGUAGAUUUGUUCAAUGUACUAAUGGCCAUCAAUAUCACAGAGAAUGUGAAGUGUAUCCAAAUAAAAAAGGAGCUUGUCCACAUUGUGGGAGUGAAAGUACAAUAUAUGAUGUAAUGGUAACUGUUAGCGGAAUGCGAAGACCUGUAUUUAUACCAACAAGGAAGAAAUUUUCUAAAUUACCAUCUGCGAAAAUGAGCUUACCUGGUAAAGGAGAUAAUACAAAAUUAGCAGAACGUCCACCUAGUCCUUUAAUAAAGCCUGAGAUUAUUAAGAUACCAGAACCAUCAAUUAAUGCAGAAAGACCAGAACGUUAUACUAUCAUGAGUCUUUAUACAUCUGUAAAAAAUGGUGAUUUAGAAAAAUUGGUAAAUGUAUUAGCGUGUGGCUACAAUGCAAAUCAUAUAUUUAAAGAAUAUGCUCAUCGUAGUAGUCUACAUAUUGCUGCAGACAAGGGUCACUUGUCUUGUGUGCAUGUCUUAGUACAAGGUGGUGCUCAAUUGGAUGUGAUGGAUAGAAAUCAAUUGACACCUUUGAUGUUAGCAGCUAGUAAAGGGCAAGCUGAUGUGGUCAAAUAUUUAGUCAGGAUAGGUGCAGAUGUAACUAUGAAAGGUGAAGAUGGGAUGACUGCUUUACAUAUGGCUGCAAAAUCUGGUCAUUUAGAAAUAUGUCAAAUUAUUUUAACAGAAUGUAAAGUUCCAAGAACUUUAGUAGAUUCUGUGGAUGAUGGUGGAUGGACAAGUUUAAUUUGGGCAUGUGAAUUUUGUCAUACCGAUGUAGCAAGAUUUCUUUUAGAUAAGAAAUGUGAUCCGUUAAUCAGAGAUGCAGAACAGAAUAUAGCACUUCACUGGAGUGCUUAUAGUGGAAGUGCAGAAAUUACUGAAUUGCUUUUAAAUGAAGGAUGUGAUGUAAAUGCAGUAAAUGUUCAUGGUGAUACUCCAUUACAUAUUGCUGCAAGACAAGAUCAGUAUGCAGUUAGUGUUUUAUUGUUAGCUCGAGGAGCAAAAAUAGGAGAAGUUAAUGCAGCUGGGGAAACGGCAGUAAAUUGUUGUACAAAUGAUGGUGAUACUGUGUCAGCAUUAAGAUUAAAUGCUAAAGUUAAUGAAUUAUCUGAACAUAUGUGGGAAAAAACUGUUAAAAUAUUAACAAACGACAUUUCACGUGGUAAAGAAACAAACCCAAUACAAUGUGUUAAUGGUUAUGAUUCUGAAGACAAACCAACAGAUUUUCUUUAUGUAACUGAAAAUUGUUUUACCAGUAAUAUACAUGUUGAUCGUACAAUAACAUCUUUGCAGUCUUGUAGAUGCGAAGAUAAUUGUAGUUCUGAAAAGUGUCUCUGUGGAAAUAUAAGUUUAAGAUGUUGGUAUGAUGAAGAGGGGAAACUUAUUCCAGAAUUUAAUUAUACAGAUCCUCCUAUGUUAUUUGAAUGCAAUCCAGCUUGUGAUUGCAAUCGGAUAACUUGUAACAAUCGAGUUGUUCAACAUGGUUUGACACAAAGAUUUCAGUUGUUUAGAACAAAGGGUAAAGGUUGGGGUCUUAGAACUUUACGUCAUAUUCCAAAGGGCACAUAUGUUUGUGAAUAUGUAGGAGAAAUUAUUUCGGAUUCUGAAGCUGAUCAUCGAGAGGAUGAUUCAUAUUUAUUUGAUUUAGAUAAUCGGGAUGGAGAAACAUACUGCAUUGAUGCAAGACGUUAUGGAAAUAUUGCACGAUUCAUUAAUCAUUCUUGUGCACCUAAUUUAUUACCAGUACGAGUGUUUGUCGAACAUCAAGAUUUGCAUUUCCCUAGGAUAGCAUUCUUCGCUAAUCGAGACAUCGAAGCCGACGAAGAGCUCGGCUUCGAUUAUGGGGAAAAAUUCUGGAUAAUAAAAUGCAAGUCUUUCACAUGUACCUGUGGAGCUGAAAACUGCCGAUAUUCAGAGAAGACUAUACAAGUAACGUUGGAUAACUAUCGGAGAAAAAUACAGCAAGAAGAAAUGCUCUCCGGUCAAACAUCGUAAUUUUCAAUGAGAAUCUAGUUGAUUUUAUGCUCUUAUAUUACGAGAUAAUAUUACGCUUUUUAUUAUUUUUUAAUGGGGAACUAAUUAAAUCUCCGUAAUUUUUAUUUCAAUACUUUUUUCCCUUUCCCAAGAGUACAAGUACAAAUGGUGAUGGGACGUAGAGAUUUUAAAAGGAUAACUGAUCCAGUUAUACCUCGCAUUCAAAGUUAGGAAUGAACUGAAUUUAUUUUCAGUUCAAUGAUAGUUUCCUCAGGUUUGGCCAUACUUUCCUAUUCAGCCGACUUUUUGGAAGAAUAAUGCCUUUGGUGAACGUGCCACUCAUCGAUUUUAUUUAGUGAAACAGCGAUAGACAUAAUGCGUUAGCGUUAAACUGUUACCGUACAUAUUGUACGAAUCACAGGAGAAAUGAGAGAUACGACUUUUUUCAACUGUAAUUAUAAUAGAUUUUAAAUAUGUUGUGUGAGAGAUUAGAAGUGAGCGAAUUUAUCGUCAAAAUAAAUCAAUUGUAACUGAACGACGUCCGUGAAAUUAAACUUCUAUUCUAAAAUAAUAUUUUAUUUUUGGUUGUUAAUUACGGAUCGUUCGUCCAGGAGCACAAUUUUGUGAAGUGAUUGUUAAUAAGCGUUUGACAAAAUUCCAUACAAUUAUAUACAAAUAUAUA